AUGGGACAUAAAUCAUCCAAACAGCUCACCACCUCACACAAGAUAUUGAUGUUUGGAAGCAACUCAAGUAGCAAGUCAUUGUUCAUCAAACAUUGCCAUCUGAUAUACAAGGGAGAGUUUACCACAGAGUACGCAAUAAAGAUCAAGCCAUUCAUUUUGAAGUCAUUGUGUAAUGCAAUCAAGGAGAUCAUCCAGUUCAUCAAGACAUCGAACAAAGCAUUAUAUGGAUCGACUAUCAGUAAGACUGCAUGGUUCACAUUGAAGAAGGCAUGUUCAGAUAAUGUCAAACUAUGUCUUCAAAUGACCAAACAUAUCUGUGACCUCUGGAAUGACAACGAGUUCAAGAAAGGAUACCUCCAUCUCCUUGAUGAAUCAAAGAGAGAUAACCAAGUAUAUUUGUUGGAUAAUAUCACAAGAAUUAUUUCGGAUAACUUCUUGCCAACUCAUGAAGAUAUUAUGAAGUUUAAGAUGCAUUCAUCUGGAUCGUUUGAUACUGUGUUUGAAGUGGACGAUUGUACUUAUACUUUUGUCGAUGUUGGUGGACAGAGACAUGAUAGGAAGAAAUGGCUCGAUCACUUUGAUGAUGUCAGUGUCAUCCUAUUCUUUGUUGGUCUUGACGAGUACGACCAUCCAGCAGACAACGACAAGUUUGACAACAAGAUGAAGGAGAACCUCCAUCUCUUUGAAGAUAUUGUAAAUAAUAGCUACUUCACCAAAUCAUCAGUUGUAUUAUUAGUCAAUAAGGAUCACUUUAAGAAUAAGUUGUCUACAAGUCCAUUGUCCAAUCACUUCCCAGAGUAUAAUGGAAAGGAGUCACCAGAGGGCUUCCUAAUCAAUCAGUUCCGAAACAGGGACCAUCACCACGAGAACAGACGACUGUUCAUUCAUACACACGAGUCUGAUGACACUGCCAAGACACAAGACCUAUUCCAAUACGUUACAAGGAUGAUGGUCAAGAGUUGA